UAUUUUCUUUCGGUUAAAAAAGAUUUUAUUUCCAUAAUAAGUCAAACAACCAAUAUUCUAAUAUUCGAUUUAUUGUCAACUUGUCAAAUGUGAAUUUGUCAUCCAAAUUCUACCAAAUUUAAAGUGUGUUCUCUAAAAAAAAAUGAAGAGAAAGCACUCUAGCGCUAAUAAAGGCAGUCAAAAAGAUCUUCUAGAUCAAUUCAGUCCUCUAAAUGUAGGCAAAAUCAUUCCUGUUCACAAAAGUCCUCCAGAUGUAGUUAGGCCACCGAAAGCUACAAAACUCGACCAACAGAUUUCAGAAACGUUCCUCAAGUUACAAAAAGGAGAUUUCAAACUAAACUUGAAGGAAACUGUUGCCGUCUAUAAGCCAACCAAACCUUGCAAACUCAAAACUAAAAGAAAAAAAUUAGUCGGUCGCGGUCCUGCAGAUUUGCAAUUUGUGGACGAAAUUUGGCGUGAGAAGCAAGCACAGUUACAAAAUGAACUCCAUCAACAUUUCAACGAGAACGUUGGACAAAUUCGGAGACUUAGAAACGAGGAAGGAAAACGGCAUCACGCUAUAGCGCAGAAUGUGGUUGGUCCGGAUUGGUUUAUGGAACUAAACACAAACCAAUUAAAUGCAGUUGAACAGCUACAAAAAGCAAUAAAUGAAGAUUUGGAGGUUAAGUCAAUCGAAAGCACUAUGGAUGUAUUGGCCAAUUUAGGGUUAGUAUUAAGGCCGAAUAGGAAAAACGUACAUUUUGCUCUUGAUCGCAGUUGUGGAUUGCCUGUGAAGUUUUUGUUGGUGCUUUAUCAGAUAACUAAUCCUAAUCGACGCAGUUACUCGACGAAUGAUAGGUUACUUCUUUCUGCUGUUGCUCACCUCACAAUAACGGAAACUUUGAGAGAGCUUCAUAUUAGAAUACCGUCUCCACCAAGGACACGUGAAGCGAUUAAAUCUAUCACUACACAAAGGUUUAGACCGAAGUUGUACGAGUCCCCUUAUUUACAACCUUUGAGUUAUUUCCCUCCACCUCCAAAAUAUAGUGGUAUUUACAAAAAUAAGCACUUGCAAUACCCACAAAGUCUCUAUUUUUCCUAUCUGCAAGGUUUAAUUCUGGACAGGAUGAAUCAGCAGAACAAGCAUCUACCAACUACUCUUGAGCAACAAAAUUUUGUUGACUAUAUGAAGGCCAAUGAUUUCUACAGUAGACUUGACGGUGCUGAAACGUUACCGCAUUUAUUGCCGCCAACAACGAUUUCUCGUUGCGCUAAUGUCAAUCAGGACUCACCCAAAUUAUCUAAACUGCCGGUGUUUGGUUACCAACACUGUCGUUGUGGCGAUGGUAGAGAAUCAAGGCCAAAUAAGAAGCAUUUCGGUCAUGUCCAAAAUGCAUUGGAUGAUGUUUGCGUAUGUAAUAAUUGUCUGGAGAAAAAGGAGUUGGAUUUUACUGUGAGAAUUAUCGGCCGUUUAACUGAAGCUCACUCACAACCCGGAACGAUGGUGCCAUUAAUUCAGGGCAUUACUCUAGGAAGGGCGCGUAGUUACCUAUUAACAUAUCGCAAUAGAGUGUUAGCCUCAAAGGCGAUCCGUAAUUUAUCGGAAAAUUAUAGCACUCAUGUCGUUGGAGGUAUCAGUUGGAGCCAGUUAGGUCCGGUAUUUAAUAUACUAUCUACAUUAGGUGAAAAGGAGUGCCACUGUAGUGAAAUUAGUGAUAAAGUUAAACGGAUAGCAGAUCGUCAAUACCCUCUUACUACAGGCAAUGUUAAGUAUGCCAUAGGAGGUGUCAAAGAGACGGAACAAGGUCCAGUUUAUAUAUUAUCGACGGUGAUCCUGAAACAACCUUGCAAAUGUUUGGAGAUAUACAGAAACAAACUCAUCCUGAAAGGAACUCAGAACCAGUUGGUGGAUGGUGAUACCAAAUUCGUGAUUGGCAGUUUGGUUGAAACACAUUUAGGUCCAGUUUAUCAUGUCGCUGGGACUUUAGCACAAAGGCACUCAAAUUUCAGCACCCAUAAAGUCAGCUCAAAAAUUUUUGCUUCUUGUGGGAAUAAGUCGAAUUCCGACACCGCGUUUCCUUCAAUCGUCAGCAGUAGUAGUAGGCAGUCGUUUGUAACAAAAAGUUACUGCAAAUUAAAGCUUGAAAAUUUUAUGAAGCACCAAUGUGAAUGCGAAAAAUGUAGUAAGUCGCUGCAGAAAUAUGUUACUCCUGUCCUAGGAGGACUUACCGAAAAUCAAACAAAUAUUGUCCAGGGGAUUUAUCAACCCAUGUGCAGUUGCCUCGUAGAUCAUCUAAAUAAAAUUAAAAAAAUGCAAGAAUAUAGACUCAGAAUAAAGUUGAGACAUAAAAUGCGAAUGGAAGGGACAAUGUUUCAAAUAUCAGGAGUUAAGAAUACAGUAUAUGGACCUGUUUACCUGAUUUCUGGAAUAUCUCCUCCCGAGCAAUGUCAAUGUGCCAACAACAACUUAAAAGGGGGAGGGAUGGAAGAGGAAACGCAGACACCAAGGGCAAAAAUGCCACCUACAGGAAGGAUUAAAUACGAAAUAUCUGGAGUAAAAGUGGUGCCUGGUGAAAAUGUUUAUAUUAUAUCUGGAGCCCUGCCGGUAUCUGAUUGCGAAUGCAUGCAAUUGUUGAAAAGAUUUGAAAGUUGCCAUAAAGUAUGCCUGGAAGAAUACGAUCUUUUCCUGAAAAAAAUUAAUGAGGAAACUCGUCUUUAUGCAGAAGAAAGUAAAUCUUCAACAAAUAGCUUGAAAGAUGCCGAAGCUAUGGCUCCUAAUUUGGAGUCAGAUGCCGAAGCGUCAACAAUAAAAUCAUUGAGCGACGUAAGUAAGGCUACUUCAGAAUCUGAGAGCUUUAGAUCCAUGACACCUGUAGAGAAUGACGAAGGUUUUUUGGUGAACCAGUCAGAAAUUCAUCCCAUUAAUUUACCAAAAGACACUCCGACGCCAGACUUUUUUCUUUCCAGACAAUUUGCCAUUUUCAAAGAAUUUCCUAUAAAUCGAGAACUUCAACGAAAAGCGUUAAAAUUCAUUUUAAGUGGUAUGGCCGCUGACGGAUUUCCAUUGGCUAAACUGCCAGAGUGUCAUAAGUUGCCUAUAUUUCGCAUAUGGCUGAAAAUGAGGUCAGGAGGUUACUGGACCCAAAGCGACAUAUUUAGGUACUGUCAAAGGAGUAAAUGGCUUUGGAGGCAUACAGAUUUGUGCCAUCGACAGCCUAGAAUGGUUCGGAUGCCUUUCGACGCGUCGCAAGCUGGUCUGAUGACUUGGAAAGAUGCAAAUUUAAUUAAGGGAAUUGCCGCUGAUCGCAUCGAAACUUACUAUAGACGCCUAAAAAAAACGACUAUUAAUACGGGAAGGGAAUUCUUCGGAACUACAUUUUCAUAUGAGUUUCCCAAUCGCACAUUCAGAAACUGCGCUUUCGCAUACAUACCAACCAAAGAGGAAGCGGUGUUUGGCUAUAAAAUAGUUCAACAGUUCGACAGUAGAAUACCUCACAAAAAAUUUCCUUGUUAUUGUUAACAAAACUUCAUCAAUUGCUUCAUUCGUAAGGAGGAGUCGCAAAAAUUUGGUAUAUUUUAGAUGGCGUCAUUGGAGUUUUCUGAGUAUUUGGUGUCCUUUUUGACAAUCAACAUUUGGACAACAUGACUGAUACGUAUUAAGAAGAAUUUAUCAGAAAUCUUUGAAAACUUGUGGAGCAACUAAUCAUAUUAUUUUAGUAUUUUUUUCGCUGUGGUGAUAUGCGCAUUUCAACGAUUCAGAGCACAGAAGAAGGUACGAAUUUAUUGUUGAGCAUUUCGUGGAAAGAAAGAAAAAAUCCGUAAAACUAGGAAAUACAAUCGACUCCGUUAUCCCUCUGGAAAUUUUGUAUCGCAGUAAUUAUUGUAGUGUAUCGGGAACUUGGCUUUGGUGUUGAAUAUCUCUUUCUUUGUUGCCGUUGGUGCUUUAAUAUCAAUUUUAACAAGAUGCAUCUAUAAUUUUCUUCAAACAAAGUCAAAUAGACCGUUUGGUUGUCCAACACAGUUCUGGGUAAAGAUAUCGUCUAUAAUCACAUGGUGCAAUAUUCUACUCUCGGAAUUGAUAUAAUUGCCAAGCAUUCACAGCCGCGGCUCGAGAAUUUUAUCAAUAUACAAUACCAUAACAACAUAAAACACUUAAUUACUUGACACGUAAAAGUAUAAUCUUAGAGUUAUUUUUCCAAUUUUGUCAAUUAUUGUGAUUAAAAUACUAAAAAUACUGGAUAACGAACCCUUUUAAAGAUUGUAUUUUUAAAAUUUCCUUAAGAUUUCUACACAGGUUAA